CAGUGAAUAAUAGUUUGCUGGAAAUCACUUCCGAAAAAUAUGCCAAUUUUCGCGAAAAAGUUUGCCCCGAAAGUGGCUCCACCACGCGCCCAGCGAUUGAACAUCGGCUGCCCCGCGCACCAGGAGGAUUUGGACGACUUUAAAAACAUCCGACUGAAUCUGCUGGACAAGCAGCUGUGCUUCGUGGACGGUGUUUGGAUGAGUGCAAUCAAGGGGUCGACGACGGCAACGGCAGGUGGAAGCGCUGGUGGUGCACUAACCUCCACCGCAAUCGAUGAUUUGCUGCGGAUGAAGCGGAGAAUUAAAUCGCUCGAGCAGGAGAACAAUCUCUACCAGGUGAAGCUGGAUGUGCUGCUAGACCUGCUGACGGAGAACGUAAUCGAAUUGAAUGCUGUGAAAAGCCAAUAAAAG